GGGGCACAUGCAACGUCGGGGGCUGGGGGAAUAUUCGCAACGGACGUCGCAACCCUCGUGUUGUGUCCGCGUCAUGCGCGACAAAGUCACGCGAUUUUGCGCGCGCCCAGGUUCAUCGCUGCGCGCGCAGCCACCGCGUGGGGGGUGAAUCGGAUCGUCGGGGAAGGGGUUGUGCAUCGCGACCGUCCACCGUCGCCGAGAGAAGGUGAGAAUUCGCACAGAGGCGGGUGUAUCGAGCGGUGUGUGUGCGUGCGGUAUCGCCUACAGGGAGCACGACCACUCUCUCCUCUCUCUCUCUCUCUGUUCUUUUUGUCUGUCUCCUUCUCUCCCUCUCUCCCUCGCUCUCGCUCUCCCUCUGUGCGUGCGAUCUCCCGCACGAUUUUUUCACCACUCAUGUUUCGUUGGCGAUUUGCGUGUGUUCCUUUAUGAAAGCGCGUGAUUGCCGCGCCGCGACGGACCGUUAUCUCGCGGGCGCGUACUUAUGCUCGGAACCGAAUCGCGACUGCCGUCUGAUAAUGCCCCUUAUCGUUGCCGCGCGCGUUACGUGACCCGCGACGUUACGGGAGUCUACGCGACGAGCAGCAGCAGCAGCAGCAGCAGCGGCGGCAGCAGCAGCAGCAGCAGCAACGGCAGCGACGGCAGCAAGGCCGACGGUGGACGGUCCUCGUGACACUGUUGGAGAACGACGGGGUGAACGACGAUGGAUCGCAAAGCGAAACUAUAGCCCCCGUUGCAGUUCGCGAUCGGAUUGCCAGAUAUAUCGCCCCGCUUCGUAAUAAUAAUAAUAAUAAUAAUAAUAAUAAUAUAAUAAUAAAAAAUACCUCUCCGUGUCGACCGCGGAUCGCUCUGUUAGAUAUCGUACCACAUAUCUUAGAUAUCGAUCAUUCGUCCCGUAGAAUUUCCGCCUUCGAUCAAACAGAUCGAGUUAAUCGAUAAAAACGACUGUGUGGAUCGUGUCCCCGAACGCGCACUGUGCCGACAAUUUAACGGAAAAAGCUGUGAAGUUUGUAUUAAUUCUCUUGGAGAGAAGAGUGGUGCCUAAGCGUGAUUACAAGGGGAGAGAAAAAAAAAAUAUCUUAGUGCCUCCACACACACACACACGCACACAUACACGCGCGCGCGCGCGUGCGCAAUGCGUGCGGUAAUCGCGAAACGAUGAUUCGUCGAUUCGCUUGAAAUACCGAUCUAUCCGUAAUCCGUAUCAUCUUAGUCACGCAACUUGGGAUACGAUUGCGAUGCUCCUUUAUCACUCGCCGAUUAUGCAUCACGCCAGUGUAUCCGGGCAUCUACGAGAAAGCGCGCGGAGCGCGCGGAAGGACGGAGGCGACUAAAGAGAAGGCGAUUGGUAUAGAAUCGGCGGAAUUGGAUAAAUAUUUCGUUUCGAAGGAUAUACGAUAUACCGGCGGACCGGAAUAUAUUAGGGAUCGAGUACACGCAUGUACUCGACGAGAAUAACCGGGCGCGUGGGACUCCGGUAAUCGGCCUGCUUUCGCGUCGAAGAUCGUUUUUUCCCCGGACGCAUACUGACAGAUCGCCCUUAUCAUCCGCGUUAGUAAUGUCGCGAUUAAUGCUGUGCAAUCUCGGCAAUGCCUCGACGGCGGGAAACGAUACGAACAACAACGCAAACACGAACAGCAGUAUGGAGGACGACGAUUCUUAUCCACUGCCUACAAUCUAUCGCUGCCGUGCACCCAUAGCAAGUCUAGAUUGCAUGGAAGAGUUCAACGGUGGCGGAGGCGGUGGCGGCGGCGGCGGCGUCGGCGUCGGCGGCGUCGGUGCAGACUCGGGCGUGCACUGCAGCAACACGACCGGAACCAAAGAGCAGCUACUAACUAGCUGCAUUGCCGCACAAGCGCAACGUUUGCAGCACCCCUCGCCAGGAACGUGGACCACCUUCGGCGUGGGCGGCUGCGGCAGCGAGGAGACCGCGGAGGCCGUCGUCGCGCUCGCCUACGACAGCGGGAUUAAUGUGUUUGACCUAAGCGAGGCGCACAGCGGCCACCGUGCGGAAAUCCAAUUCGGCCGCAUCCUGCUGAGGCGCGCCUGGAAUCGUUCCAGUUACGUCGUAACGACGAAAAUUUACUGGAACACCAAGACCGAGGGUCGCGGGCUAUCGCGGAAACACAUUAUCGAGUCCGUGCAAGCUUCGCUCGUCAGGCUGCAACUGUCGUACAUCGACAUUGUCAUGAUCCACAAAGUCGAUCCAAUGUGUCCGAUGGAAGAGAUCGUUCGCGCUAUGAAUUACGUUAUAAGCAAGGGUUGGGUAAUGUACUGGGGUACGUCGCGAUGGACAUCCGUGGAAAUUAUGGAAGCCUAUACCAAUUGUCGGCAGUUCAACUGCGUGACGCCGAUCGUCGAGCAAGCGGAGUACCAUCUGUUUCACAGGGAGAAGUCCGAGCUCUAUAUGCCAGAAUUGUAUAACAAAAUUGGCGUUGGUUUAAUGGCAUGGUCCACCGUCACUAUUGGAAUGGUCUCUUCAAAGCCGGAAGAUUGCGGAGUAUCGUUCCUCUCGAGAUCCUCUUAUAAAAACAAAUACUCUUCGUUUAGUUGGACGGAGGAUGAAACUCAAUCUUUGUACAAGGAGGAGUACGCGUGGAAAGACAAAUCCGCCGACGAUGAGACUCGGAAAUACUCGGAUAAAUUGCGGGACGUGUACGCUCUGGCCGAGAGACUGGGAUGUUCUUUCGGACAACUGGCCAUUGCGUGGACCUUAAAGAAUGAAAGUGUUCAGUGCCUUCUGCUCGGUGCGUCCAAUAUAGAUCAAUUGUACGAGAGUCUCCAAAGCUUACAGCUUAUCCCAAAGUUGAACGCGAGCAUAAUGAGCGAGCUCGAGAGGAUUCUUGACAACAAACCGUCCCGACCGCCGAUGAUAUCCACCCUGGCGCUUAGAUGACAGUCGAUGUGCCCCCACGGCAGCGGUGGGGGCUCCGUCGAGGAUGCGGGUAGCCCGAAGAGCGAGGGCGGCAACAGUCAGGAUCAGGAGCAGACCAAGGAGGUGAACAACAAGAUGCCGUUCUGCGAGAUACAAUGAGAUGCGCGGAUCUCGCUGCCCUAGGUAUUGUCAAAGCCCGCAAGGAUCGACAAUGGAUGAAUUAUGGUCCAUCCACGCGCCUCUCGUCCACAUCCACGCUUUCACUCCUUCGGUCGCGGCGUAGGUCGAGAUUGUACAUACGACACACACGAGUCGAUGACAAUACUUACUUAAUUACGAGAACAACAUCCGGGAACUUACCACGACACGGGGAGACACACCAGUCGGGUUACUUCUUCACGCACGAUAUUUGUAUUUGCUCUCUCGCGUACGUCAUUUCGUGGACUAUAUGUAGAUAUGUAGAUGAGGAUAUAUAGACGCGAUAUCGCGCACGCGGGAUGUUCCCCGUCUUAUAACGGAAUCGCAUGUCGCGCUUUUUGAAAGCAUUUUCAGAGAAAAUGUAGGCUUAUUCCAUAUAAGUCUCUUUCUCUCUCUCUCUCUCUCUCUCUCUCUCUCUCUCUCUCUCUCACACUCUCUCUUUCUCUUUCUCUCUCUUCCUCGGCCGGAGGAUUUAUCGUCGAGGUUUCUAUUCGCGAUUCCAAGUGUUCAUUAUUCUUAGCGUUAAUGAUCCUGUUUGCUACUCAUCCUCGUAGUGAAUGACCAGAAAUUUGGGGUGUCUCCACGAGUGUCCAGCGAAAUACAUUCGUUCUGCCACUCACUGGUCGAAUAAAGGCAAUUUACGAGCGAUAUAGCACGUCGAUUAUCAUCUAAAGAUUACGUUAUAGAUUGUAAGAAUUUAUCAAGAAUGAAUACUAUCAGUAACGAUGGGCAUUUUAAGUACUCUACCCAGUAUUUUCAUCUCUAAUACACGUCAUACAUUAUUUUACAUACAUUAAUCCGGCCAUCCAAUAUAUAUUUCGUUACAGCUGUCGCGCCUCAUUUUCUGCCAAUUUCUCUCUCUCUUUAUUUAUUUAUCUAUUUUUAUUUUCUAAUUAAUUUAUAUUUUUAGGAGACGCGAAAUAAGUAGUGCGCAAAUUUUUCGUAAAACAGGAAAUAUAUAGUAUUCCUACGAAGUCAUCCCUCGUAUAAAAAAAUAUUUGAGAAGUUAAAUUUUCUUUUCGCGGAUGAAUGGAAAGUCAGCAGGUAAAUUGUGCAAGAAAGAAGGAAAAAAACGCAAUUGAGUAAUUUGACGGUUUCGAUAAUUGGUCGAUACAGCGAAAAAAAUAAAAAAUGCGGAAAGCGGUAGAAAAAUGAAUUUUUUCGAUUCAAAAUUUCUAUUUAACCCUUUAGUUCCAUUCACCCGUCAGGUUUGGAUGUAAUAAAUUUCUUAGUGAUUACAUUUUACAUUUAUAAUUAUUUUUGCAUAAAUUUCCUAGAAUGUGCGUAUUUGCUAUGCACGAUUAAUUAAAUAUUUGCAAACUCAGUUAAACUCGGAUGUAAACUACAGCAUGAUAAACUUACAAGGAAUUUUUGAAAAAUAAGAUACAUAGUAUGUACGUAAAAGAUCUAUUUACAUCAAUAGAUAUCGUUUCUAUAAAAGAGAGACGUUUAUUUGUUCACCGCCCACACAAGAACUGCACAAAGAGGUACAGCACAUUCUCAAGAAGGAUCAUUUAUCUUGAGGAGAGACUUUAUGAAUGAUCUCUACAAUAACAUCUAUGCGAAAUAUCGAUCCUUUUGAGAACGUAUCUUUCUCUUGAUUUAUCUCGCGUUUUCUUUAAACUAAAAUGUGACAUAAAGAGUCGAGAUGAUGCGCAUCUUUGUUAUAACAAGCAUCAUUUUUCCAGUCCACUCAAAUAUUGCUCAAGUCUAACAGAUUGUGAGAGAAUUUCCUGCUCCCGUAAAGAAGUCCCACAUUUAAAAUAUACGUAAAAAAAUAUCGCGCAUUAUAUACACAUUCUUAAAAUCUGCAGUCGAUUUUUUAAUUAAAUUUCAAUGAAUUCAUUCUUCAAAAAUUAUGCGUGCGCUGAUAUCCUACAAGGUACAAAUGCAUAUAAGCAAGUACACGAGAGACAUAAAAAUAUUACAUAUAAUCUCCUUCGAAUCAAAACACAUUGUCGUGCGUUCGUUUUUAUAUGAUUAUUUCUUUUGAAUUUUUCUCACAAAUGUGCGAUAUACGCAUUAUCAUACUUUACAUCCGCGCGCGUGAUGUAAGUCAAACUUAUUUUUACAUGUAUGUAUGAAUGCGUGUGUGCACGCGCGAGAAUUUUCUUCGCAUUCUGUAUAAAUAUCAUUGACAUUCCACUUAAUCUUGUCACGCCAAUUAUUGAUAAUAAAUUCAGAGAGAGCCUCUUGAAAAUGUACGAUGUGUCGCAUGCGCUCAGAGAGAAGGAGGAAUAAUAAUGGAAGCUGCCAGUACGCUUUUAUCGCGCGCAAUAUGAUCUCUUCGACUCAGAACUUUUGUCCGAAACGUUAUACACAACAGAAGUGAUCUCGCAUAAAUAUUUGGAAGUGAUAGAGGAGAAAUAUCGCGAGCGAAUAUAAUAAUACACUCGCGUAACGAUAAUUACAAAUCGAAAUUAAGCGAUCUCAUCCGGCGCGAUUAUAGUCGUCAUCGAGAGAUUCGUGGAUCAUCCGUUUUUUUUUAUACAUUUCCAAAUAUUUACGACGUAAAAAUGCCAACGUGAUCUGCUCUUGUUGCCGACCAUCGAGAGAAUUAUCGAUAAAAGCUGUUAGACAGAUAAAGAAACAUGGUAACGACGCCUGAGGUUUAAGUUAGCUUCAGUGCUGAAAAUAUCGCAAGAUCGAUGAGAGAUCGUCUAUCGGUGUCGCUUGGCAAAAACAAAAUAGCGACACGGCAAACAAAUUGACAAUGCUUUAUUUUAGUCAUGAGUAUAAUUUUAUAAUAUGCCAUCAGUUCUUUGCGCGUGAUGAGCUUCUGCUUUACAGUUGCUAUUAGAAGGAAUUAAUUCAUCCUAACAAAUGCUUCAGAAGAGGAAGGAAUAUAAUUCCGGGGAACAGUCUUGAUUUGCCAUUUUACCACGCGGUGUUUUGUUGUCCCAUACUAUAUAUUAUCUCGCUUAUAAUAUUAUAUUAGUAUCUUAGAUUGAGUCAGAUUGAAUAAAUUUAUUCUUAAAAUCAAAUUAGAUAAAGAGGUUUCCUGUAAGAUAAUUAUUUGAAAGAUAUAUAUAUACUUAAUUGUUUAUCAUAUUUCAAUACGUUAAUGUUUUAAUAUUUGUGCAGUUUUUAUACUUAAGUUUCUUUGUGUGUUACCUUAAUAAAGAUGAAUAUAUUACUGCAAUAGAGAUCACAGUAUGAAUAUUAUAAAUUUUCAACACGUUAAAAGCAGACUGCACGGUAAUCCAUAUAAGAUACUUUAAAUUUAAAGUCAAGGCGAUCCUGCAAAGACCAGUUUUCAUCAUGUAUAUAGCUUUUAGCAAUUAUAUUAAUAUUAAUAAUUUUUAUUUCAUUUUUACAUAUUGUCCACAAAGGACAAGCGUUAUGUGUCAACGGUCGACCAUAAUUGAUAUAAAAAAAUAUAUCCAUAAUAUAUAAAGCUUUUAAUAAUUUUUUUCCUAAAGUAUCGAUUUUUACAUACUCUCUUUCUCUUAACUUUUUUCCUAAAAUAUAUAAUUUAUUCCAAGAUAAGAGAAUUACUUAAAAAUAAGAGAGACGCAACGUCACCGCGGCCUAUCGCAUACACCUGCCUUCACCGCCUACUUACUUAUCGCCUGUUUACUCCCGUAAAUAGGUACAUAGAUCUCGCUGACAUAUAAGCAAAUCCAUCGUAUCUUUAUACGAUAGAAAGGCAAGGUACGGCAAGGACACAAAGCCAUAAUAGAAAAGCAAUAUCCGAGAGUCCAACAAAAUAAGAAAUAUUUCUGACACGCAGAGUCCUUUCCUAAUCGUAUCGAAUAAAAAAAGAACUAACGAACGUCGUCAUGAUAUUUUAUUGUCCGAUUAUUUCCACGAUUUUAAGAGCACGAAGAAUGUUUGAUCGAGUCUCGUAACACAGCAAUGGAAGAAGACGAAUCGUCUAUCUUGAGAGAUGCCCUUGAUGCCCAUCGUUAAGGGGAUAUCCUAAUAUAUCCGCGGAGAAUAUCCGUGUACGAUCACUGAUGACAUCCUGGAUGCCAAUGGGGACCAAAGAUACGAUGGGCAUCUCGCUAUCAUCGCAGAUUUUGAGAGAUUAUCGCUGUGAUAAUUGGCAUGUACCUAGUGUAACUGAAUAUGUCAUUACUGAUGGUUUGACACUCAUAUAAUUUGUCAAUCAUAUAACGAAAUAUCUUUAAUGAAGAAAGAAAGGUUUAUAUUACAGGGAGAAGGUAGAAAUAAAAAAAUGUGGUACGAGAACGUAUUUAGAUGAAAUUGUGAAUUUAUAUACACUGAUCAUUGCAAAUAGCAUUACGUAUAAUACACGCAUAAAAAGCAUAUAGUAAUUUAUACGUAAAAUGGAUAUGUAAAAAGAGGCUUAAACUUUUUCUUAAACAGGCUUACGGUACAUUGCGAUAUAAAAAAAGAAAUCAAUGCGCUUAUAAUUGGAUGUGACAUCAAUUGCUUCGUGCUCAUAGAAUGCGGAAAGAGAAAUCGACGUCAGAGAGAAAUGUCAUGCCGUCCGCUUGUAAAUAUAUAAUAUGGCUAAUUUAUACUAUAAUAUAUCAAGUUUGAGAUGGGCACAGUAAUUUUACGAUAUCGGGAUCUAUAUCUCGUUUGCAAUGUUUAGAACGUUAUUCUUCAAAGUUACGUAUCUUUUGGCAAAAGUUUCUUUACAAAGUAAUAUAAAUGAAUUUAUAUUAACCAGAUCUCCGUUUAUAAAUGCGCGUAUAACUCUGAACAAUGCAAAAAUAUAAACGGAUCGCGCGAUUGGCCCAUCUCAAAAAUAGAUAAUUCAACAAAACUUUUGCGUCUUCAUGAUUUACAGCAUUAUAUAACAACUAGUAUAUAAAUUAUAUAUAUAUAUACAUAUAAUAAUUUUUAUAAUAAAAACUAAUAAAAACUCUCAACAUCCACAGAAUA